AUGGAAGAUGCCCAGGCAUCACUCAGUUCAACCUACGGGAUUUGUCUGGGGCAAAAGGAUGCGGUCAUGCCGACCAAGAGUGUUCUCACGUACGUCGUGACGAGCGCAACUCGCACCAUGUCGCCGACUCUCAGUCUACCAACCACAACGAGCACACCGGUCAUCACAUCCUCUUCACGAAUUCAAAGCAGCUCUACCCAGACCGCUUUUGCCGAUACUGUUCCUUCACUCCCGUCUGCUACAUCGUCGGCAACGUCUUCGCCUGUCGCAGCAACCACGGCUUCAAACAAUCCUCCCAGAAUGACACCUGCGCAGAUUGCUGGACUUUCAGUAGCUGCAGUAGCAGCUUUUGUUAUGGCGAUUGGACUGAUGGCGCUCAGUGUGUGCUUGCGCAGACGAAAGGAGCGACGGGUGGUCUUCGAUGGAGACGAAAAGGGAGAGACUCAGCGAGGAAAGCAGCUUUCGACAAGAUUCUCGCACUAUGUCCAAGUAGGACACGGUACUGAACUACCGAAGCAGUUCCCCUUGGCGCCUCCGCGAGCUUUUCGCAGGGGCAGCAAGCAAGGCCCAGCACGUCCAGCGCAACGAUUCGGGGUGGGAACUUCCAACAGUUCCUCAAAUUCCUCGUUGCCACUGGAUCAGAUAGGUCUGGCCAUCAGUGCCGAGCUGGAUGGAAAGCCCGUGGUACCUCAGAAGGCGCCAAAAGUCGGCACAACGCAUCAAAAGGCACCUCUCGCGACACAAUCGCAUACCAGCACAGCCUUUCGGCCUGUCAGUACGAUGACUCAGGAGACUGUCUUCGAAGAAGAUGAGACCUCACCACACCGGAGAUCCUCGAUGCUGUUGCCCACGCCUCCAGUACCCAUUCCUCCGAUCCGCGCUCUACAGCCCUCUAGACGAGCACCAAACUUCGCCGUCAACCAGCGUUCAGCAGGACGUGGAUCCGAGUUGUUUCUUAAUAUUCCUGUUCGUCACGAGAGGCCCCAGCCGAAGCAGAUUGCUGCGGCAGCGACACGCUCUCAUGGUGCACCACUACCACCUCAAGCGCAGCCUGCAACACGCCCGCGCUUGGCACCACCUUUCCAGAUGACAUCUACAGCCACUUCGUACGAAUCAAAAGCCACGACUGCCAGCUCGCGCGACGCAAGCACAUCUGGAGACAUCAUCGACUAUUAUUUCUCCAGUGGCCAGAGCCGUGACCAGACACCCAAGGCCAGUCCAGCGCGCAUCGUCCGCCCAAAAGAGUCACCGAAGACUGUGCAGAUUAAGUCAAAGAAAUCGCACGGUAGCACACUGUCGCGUACUACAUCGCGAACUUCGACCAGCCUACGCGAUUCCCUGAACAGCCAGACAUCUUUUGAGACGACAAAUGCCAACGACUCCACACCCGAAGAUGAGGACGAAGACAAGCAACUGUCGGAUGACAGUGCCAGCAAUAAACAGCAGCUAUCACCUGUCGCUGAGUCGCCAAUCUCCAAGCUGCGAUACCCAAAGGUGCCUCGGUCUUCGAAUCAGCUGGUACCGCGUAGCCCAAAGAGUUCGCCACAGCAGCAGAACUUCAGAAGUCCACGUAGGGCCCCAGACGCGUCAGCACUUCUUCAGAAACGCAACAAUGCUCUUCCGCCACUACUACUCGAGUCCCGGCCUAGACUAGAGAGCCCUCACCGAGACCCGUUUACAUCCCCGCCGCGUGUGACUAGUCCUCCGCGCAGGGCUCGGUCACACAUGCGCAGCAACAGCACAGAGUCGUGGAGCACGACACCUGCUUCAAAGACGGGUAUCGACCGUAAGAGUCGCGUGCAGAGUGGCGCUUGGGGUAGAAGCCCUGUCAUGUACGAGGAAGACGUCGUGCGGCCGUUGAAUGUGAGGAGGAAGAGAGACGAGAUGUCCGAGUUGAACAUCGGCCGAGAUGUAAACGUCGACUUCGAUCGGGACGGAUUGAAGAGUCCUGCAUGGGUACCCCGACUCACGCCGAGGAAAAAGGGCGAGGACCUAUUCCUGGAGGUCGGGUGGAGAUGA